AUGCACAGAUGCUGUGAGGUGCACGAUCGUUGCUACGGCGAUGCCAUCCAGCAUCCUAAGUGCUGGACCUUCUUUGACAACCCCUACACUGAGAUCUAUGCCUAUACAUGUGACAAGGCCAACAGGACUGUCACCUGCUCAGCCAACAAGAACACUGAGUGUGAGCAGUUCAUCUCUGAGUGCGACAGGAAGGCCGCCGAGUGUUUAGCCACUGCUGGUUACAAUCCAGAGAACAGGCGCCUGCCUAAGAACCAGUGCAAGUGA